UUGAUUGCUUAAACACACAGGCACAAGAGCUAGUGAAAGCAUGGCUGACCAGGAAGGUAAAGGUAAAGCUGAAGGAGGAUUUGCCAGGAGGAUCGAUCCUACCAAGGAUACGCUGACACGAGAACAGCUGCAGUUUAUCCGGCAAGCCGAACUUGCUCAGUGGAAGAAGAGGAGCCAAAAACUACGGACCCGAAAUGUCAUAACCGGACUCGCCAUUGGAGCCCUAGUGAUGGGCAUAUACGGAUAUACAUUCUACUCAGUGUCUCAAGAAAGGAUCAUGGACGAGAUAGACGAAGAAGCAAAAAUGGCUGCCAGGUUGCGAAACUCAAAGACUGGAGCGAACUAAAAUCCGAUGCCAAACGAUGAUUUGCACUGUGCCGUGCACCAACAAAAGACAGCCGUGUUUUUGCCCCAUUGGCUAAUGGCUCCCUGCCUCAUCUAAAAGUGAACUACAUGAGAGAAUAAGGGAAUGAUAAUAAUAAUUCCAUACUGUUGUGUUCAUGCAGUCCAUCACAUAUUUCUGGAGAUUUUCUUCCAGGUGUAAUAUUUAGAUGUCGCAUCCAGUGUGUAACAGUGUACUAUUAUAAGGAAAUCUAAACCAGUUGUGUAAAUGAUUUGUCUACUAUUCCUUGGCUACCGACUCCAGUAUGGAGUCGUUUGAGACGCAGCAAUGGAUUCUUCAAGACUUCCAGAUGCUUUUCAGUUGCUUCAUUCAUGAAGAUUUAAAGAAAAGCGAUGUCCUGAAGGAAAGUUAGUCAAUAACGUGAGGAAUUGAAUCAUUGUACCACAAGAGGGCAUCACUAAACCUUAUUCUCCAUGGAUAGUGAGCAAUCUCUGCAACACGAGCUCAGCACUGCACAGACUUUUGGCUA